AUGGCCAAACCCCAUAAAUCCAAACCUAAAUCCUCUCUUUUCCUCUGCUGCUUUGGGUCUUUUUCCCACGAUGAAACCUCCAUCAGAGAAUCUGAGUUUUCAUGGCGAAGGGUUCGAAAGAAGUCAGACUCCAAAACGGUGCCGUUGGAUGCCUCUUUGCCUGAUGACAAGGAACGCAGAGCUCAUCGAGUUCAUUCUCAGAAAUGGAGGUGGAAGAAGUUGUUCAGGCCGACGUCGAAGUCAAGGUCAAACAAUCAGAAACCUCUAAUGAAAUCUCAAACUCCAGCAACCAAUCCACAAUCACCACGUCAGAGACCUCCGGUGGUCCCUGUCACACCCGAUCAGACACUUCCCCAGACAAGGCAACGGGAAAGAGCAAAGCGAAACCCAGAAAAUGAGAAUGGCUUGUCUCACGUGGCUUCACCUAAAGAGGACGCGCGUGAAGAAAGCAGCUCAGUCCCAGCCGUAUCACACUCUGUCUAUUUGCCUGCUUCAAAACGACGACAGAGUCAUUCGUCGUCUUCCGUUCCAAGGCAGGGUCAAACGACUUUGAACAAGGCUGCGCGGUCGAGAAACGCAAGGAGACGCGAGUCAUACGACUCUGCGUUGGGCUUGUCAGCUGUUCUGGUGACUUUGGUUAUACUGGCAGUGUGGGGUCGUUUAUGUGCUAUUCUCUGCACUUCCGCGUGGUUGUAUUUGUUCCCACGAAUGAGAAGGGCCGAUGAAAACGACGCAAUAAAAAAAUUGAAUGCAGAUUCAAAUGACUUGUAUUUGGAUUCCGAGUUUUACAAGAAGAAAGUGAUUCUUGAGGGACUUCUUGAGAGAAAUCACCGGGCACGUCAUGAAAAUCCGGGGAAUUAA